AUGAGUGCCCUUGAUGGUGUCCCUUUCAAGGUGCCCAAGGGCUUUCUGACCAGCACAGAGCUGCUCCCUGGGCCAGAACUCAGUGUCCCGGCCUGCAGGGAGCUUCUGCUGGGUUCUAUGCACGACUUCGGCCUGGAGAGGAGGACCCUCUUCUGGGUGGAGGCUGUCACCCGGGGACCCUGCCAGUCCCAGUGCGAAGCCCCCGGGACAGCGUCAGCCCCUCCAGCCUGGCUCUUGCUGGUCAGCCCGGGAUGCGGGCCGGCGUGCCUGCCUGCUGCAGCCGCGGGCCGCGAGGCUGGACCCCAAGGGCAGCCGGAGGAACAGGAGGAGGAGGAAAAGGAGGAGGAGGAAGGAGCCACGCCUGCCGAUGAGGAAGAGCCGGGGCCUCGCAGCCCCCAGCCCAGCGCUCCUGGGAGCCCCAGCCCGGGCCGCCACCGGCGCUCGCUGGCCGGGCUGCGCGGCGUGCGGUCGGAGCUGGCGGGCGUGCGGCAGCGGCUCUCCGAGGGCAGCGCGGCCGCCCGCCCGCGCGCCUUCCUGCAGCGCAUCCGCCAGCGGGCCCGGAGCCUGUGCCCCAGCCCGGAGCCGCCCCGGAGCCCCGCGCCCCCGCCCCGGGGCCCCCGUGCGCCCGCCCCGGCCCCGCGGCCCUCCACGGCGGGCGCCGCGCCCCCGCUGCGGAGCCGCAAGCCCGCGGCCGCGUCCCUCAGCCCAUACACUUGCCUGCCACCUCUUGAGCGGGAGCCCCAGCCACGCCUCGCCCACAGACCGCACCCCAAUUCUGCGGACCUGCUGUCCGCCCUGAGCCAAGAGGAGCAAGACCUCAUUGGGCCCGUGGUCGCCCUGGGGUAUCCCCUGCACAGGGCCAUCGUGGCUCUGCAGAAGACGGGGCGUCAGAGUCUGAGCCAGUUUCUCAGCUACCUCAGUGCCUGUGACCGGCUGCUGCGACAGGGCUACGACGAGGGCCUGGUGGAGGAGGCCAUGGAGAUGUUCCAGUUCUCUGAGAGCCAGGCAGGGGAGUUCCUGCGCCUCUGGGAGCAGUUCAGCGACAUGGGCUUCCAGCAGGACCGCAUCAAGGAGGUGCUGCUGGUCCACGGCAACCGCCGCGACCAAGCCCUGGAGGAGCUGGUGGCCUGUGCCCAGUGA